AUGCUAGCAAGAUCAUCUCGAACGUGGAUAUUUAAUCGAUCAUUGUAUCCAUUUAUAUUUACUCUUUCUUCACGUUUUUCAUCAUCUGACACAAAAACUUCCUCCCCUUCAUCGAAAUGUAUUCAAAGUUAUUAUCAUCAUGCAUCAGAUACUCCACUUUUAUAUCAUACAGUUGGUCAACAUUUAGAUCAACUUGCUGGUAAAGAUCCUAAUCAUGAAUGUUAUUUAUUUAAAGGUGAAGGAAAUAAAAGAUAUACAUAUAAAUCAUUUCUUGAUGAAGUCAAUAGUUUAGCAACAAGUCUCAUUGAACUUGGCUUUGAAAAAGGUGAUCGAAUUGGUGUUUGGUUACCGAAUACGUCAGAAAAUUGUGCAAUGACUUAUGCUGCAUCGAAAGUUGGCUUAAUUAAAGUAAAUAUCAAUCCAGCUUAUAUGGAACGUGAAUUAACCUAUUGUAUUAAUAAAGUUGGUUGUAAAGGUUUAAUAAUGAGACCAAAUAUAAAAACAAUUGAUUCUAUGAAAAUCUUAAAUAAAGUAGUACCUGAACUUGUUGAAACCAAAGGUGAAUUAAAUGCAAAAUUAGUACCAACAUUAAAACAUGUGAUAUUAACAGCUGGUGACUAUGGAAAAGACAAUGAAAGCACAAAUCGUAUUUCAGGAAGAAUCCAUUUAUAUAGUGAUCUUAUUCGUAAAGGUGCAGGAAGUCGACAAGAAAAACUGUGUGAACGUCAAUUACAAUUAGAUGGUGAUACUCCACUUGCUAUUUUCUAUACAUCAGGUACUACUGGACAACCAAAAGCAGCAACAUUAACCAACUUCAAUUUACUAAAUAGUAGUGCUCCUAUGUAUUAUACUCAUCGAACAUUGAUGAGUCGUACCUGUUGUCCAGUUCCAGCAUUUCAUAUAUUCGGUGAAAUAGGGGGUACUUUGAAUAUAAAUGGGCCGGGUUAUUUUACAGCAUUUCCUGCAAUUUUACCUGAUACAAUGGAAUCAAUGCGUACUAUUCAAGAAGAAAAAUGCACUGCAAUCAUAGGGCCACCAAUUAUUUUUCGAGAUAUUCUUCAACAUCCUAAAAGAAAAGAAUAUGAUAUGAGUUCUCUUUUAUAUGGUAUGAUUGGUGCAACUCCUGUUAAUGUAUCACUAAUGGAACAAAUAGAACGUGAAUUUCCAAUCAAAACUAUGAGUCAAGUAUAUGGUCAAACAGAAAAUACGGGUGGUUUAGUCCUGAGUAUAUAUGCCGGAGAUGAUAAGCAACGUCGAUUUACCUCAGUUGGUAAAGCAAUACCUCAUGUAGAAACGAAAAUAGCAGAUACAAAUGGUCGUAUUCUACCUAUUGGUGAAGAAGGUGAAAUUUGUGCAAGAAGUUAUAAUAUUAUGAAAGGUUAUUAUGGUGAUGAAGAAAAAACACGUGAAACAAUAACAUCUUCUGGCUGGUUGAAAACUGGUGAUCUAGGUAUCAUGGAUGAAGAUGGUUAUAUUUAUUUUCGAUCACGUAGAAAAGAAAUGAUUAUUGUUGGUGGUAUAAAUGUGUAUCCAGUUGAAAUAGAAAAUUAUCUUUUGGAACAUCCAAAUAUUGCUGAAGCACAAGUAUUUAGUGUACCUGAUCAACGAUAUGGUGAAGUUGUUUGUGCAUGGAUAAAAGUAAAAGCAGGAACAAAAAUUGAUAAUGUUGAAGAAGUGAGACAAUUCUUAAAAACUAAAAUUGCCUUUUUCAAAGUGCCAAAAUAUGUGAAAGUGAUUGAAUCAUUUGCUCCAUUUAUAACAUCAACAGGCAAAGUACAAAAAUUCAAAUUAACAGAAGCAAUGUUGAAAGAACUAUCAACAAUAUCUUCAUAA